CUCAGCCAGUUCUCAUGAAACAACAAGUCGAGCGUGCGCAAGGACUCGUGGGACAGAGUAUGGUCCUGUCCUGCAACCCUCCAAAAAGCUCGCCUCCUCCCAGCAUCCACUGGAUGAACAUAAAUUUGAUGCACAUCACUCGGAGUGAGAGAGUGACGAUCGGCCUGGACGGGAAGCUGUACUUCGCGAACCUCAUGAGGAGUGACAGCAAAGAGGACUACAUCUGCCACGCCCAGUACAGAGAGGCCAGGACUAUUCUACCUGCCACGGCUGUCUCCCUCUCUGUCAGGCCGAGUAACAGCGUGGCUCUCGGAGGAAAACCCGAGUUCUUCCACCACAGGAACCACUCCCAGAUAUCAGCCCUGAAGGGGAACAGCGUCACCCUGGAAUGUUUACCCAGAGACGUGGAUGAAGAACCUCGGCGCACGGCGACCGCAGGAACGCUCAUAAUGAAAGACGUGAACAUUGGCGACACGGCCGUGUACCAGUGUGAAGCCAAAAACGACCACGGCUCCAUCCUCCUCAACACCUACCUCUACGUCGUCGAGCUCCCCCCUCAGAUCCUGUCCCCUGAUGGCUUCAUCUACAACGCCACCAAGGGCCGAGACGUGGCACUGCACUGUGAGUCUUUUGGCUCACCACGACCCCGCGUCACAUGGGACCGGGAGGACACGGGUGCUCUGCUGUCGGACCCUCUGCUGUAUCCUCGUGUCUCCAUUCUGACCAACGGGACCCUCAAGCUGUCCGACGUCAGCCACAACGACAGCGGCGAGUACAUCUGCUCCGUACAAAACACCAACAUCUCCAUCACGGCCAAGCUGGACGUCUUCCGUCCAAGUGAGAUACUGACGCCCCCCCAGGCUGUUCGCGUUGUCCAGGGAAAGAGCGCUUUCCUGGACUGUGACGUCGACACCGAUCCUCGGCUGAGGGAUUACCAGGUUGUCUGGAAGAAAGCGAAUCGGAAACUAGAAGAGACAUCAGUAGAUGACAAGUACACCUUCUUCAAGAACAACACGCUGAAAGUGACAGACGUCCAAUUAAACGACAGCACAGAGUAUUCCUGUGAGGUCAUCACUAAAGUGGACAACGUGAUUGCACAGGGCUCCAUCACUGUCAUAG